CCUGCGAACACAAAGCGCGUCACAAUGCGCAGACCAUCCAGCGCAGCGAGCCCAGCAUUUUGACGUUUGUGAUCAAUUGCGCAUCAAUUAUAUACAGAACACAUGUUAACGAGUGCUCCUGGUACCAAAGGCCAGGUUUGACCGUGUGUGUUUUGUCGGUGAUCGUUAGUUGAGUCGCGCGCGCGAUGGCGCGGUGUUUCCGCAGUCGCGGCAUUUAGAAUGGGGGGCGUGGAGGGGGCGAAUAGGGUGCUGAACUACGUCAUCCCCGGUCUGGCUGGUUAUGGUCCCGGCUGGAUCCUUUCCAAGAUCACCAGCAUCGUGGCACUGGACCGCCUGAGCUUCGCCAUGAGCCUCAUGACCACCAGCGUAGGCGCUAGCACCAAGGGCCGCAUCAACCUGGCGGGCUACGUCAACUACGACUUCAACUUCGGCCUGAGCUUCAGCACGGACCCUGUGACCGCCAUCAAAAACGAGCUGAUCAAGGAGUCAAGAACGCCAUCCUGACAGGUAAGCGGGCUCGGGCUCGGGGAGCGGAACCUGAGAAUAUGGGGUCACGUUUGACAGGGCCGCGAUUUGGGGCCGCGCCGCGACACAUGCAUGCACACCGUGCUCACCACCUUGUAACCAACACACACC